AUGGCCUCCUCAUCCUCGUCCUCAAUCACAAAACCCUUCCAGAAGAUCCUGGACCCAACCAAGAUCGGAACCUGGAAUGUCGUCCGUCGCCCACCAGUCGAGAACCACUCGGUGAUCCAGGGAAAGGCCCGCGAACAGAACUCGAAUGCCUUCAAGACACAUCAAGCGAAGGAGGGGGUGCGGUUACGGAAGGCCCUGAAUGCCCUCACGCACGGGAAGAACAUUUUCGUCUACCAUAACAUCCGCACGAAUCAGGUGGUUUAUUCGUUGACGAGAUAUCUGGAGAAAAACAACGUCCUCCGCCAACUCUUCUACCACGGCAAAAAAACCGUCCCAGCAACCCUCCGCAAAGAUAUGUGGGUGCCCUACUACUCCGUGCACUUCGCGGACACCAAAAUCGGCCUGCGCGCCUACCACCUCCUCCGCGAAUUCUCCAUGCAGCGCCAACUCUCCCCGCCCCGCGACAUGAUCACCAUCUCCGACCGCUACCUGGAACAGAAGCGCCCGCGCGACCCGGAACAAGCGAAGGAAUUCGACGAGAAGUACCAGAACAAGAUCGGCUGGCUGAUGGAGAAGAAGGACCGCGCGAGAGUGGUUAUGGAUCAGAAGGCUACUAGCGUUGCGGAUAUUGCUGCUGUGCUUGCGAUCCAGGAAGAGGAGGUGAGGAAUGGGUUUGCGGAUGGGAAGAGGGGGUAUUUGACGCGGUCUGCACGGAGACGCCGUCGUGAGGCGCGGAAGAAGGAGGAGCAGUAUGCUAAUGAGGUUGCGGAACGGGUUGCGGGCUUUGAGGAGACGCUGAGCAACAAUGUUGUUGACUACCGGGUUGAGGAUACCAGCGAGAAUGACCCCGCCUUGCAAGGUGAGGGUGUUAAGGUCCUCUGGACGGACGUCCACGAUGCGCGGUUCGCGGAGUCUUGGCCUGAGCGUGUGCGUCAUGGCGAGCUGGACUUGACUCGCGAUCAUGUUAUGCCUGGUCAGAAGCCGAUCUACGAUGUUGAGGUUCUUGCGAACGACGCGUUCAAAGAGAAGGUGAAGCAAGCUUAA